UUCUUCUUUGUCUACCUUGCGAAGGGGGGUUUUUGUUGUCUGCUUUCCAGAGUUUCCUAUUGAAUGCAAUGUCGGCGCAGCUGUUGUUUGGCGUUCGAACUGCGACACUGAGGCGCUUCACCACGACGACGACGACGACGACGAGGAGUGCCUCAGCAGCGCCCUGCAACAACAUCAGUAUCCCCACUGCUUCUCAUACUGUUGUUGCUUCUACUGCAGCUGAUGCUGAUGCUGCUGGUGCUGGUGCUGAUGCUCCUUCUGCUCGCAGUCGCAGCAUUGGCACGGGGAUUGUCGGACUCAUCCCAGCGACGCCGUCACUGAACGUCCGCGGAGAUUGGCGUCAGCAACCCAAUCGCGCCUACCACCACCGCGACCACUACCGUCACGAUCGCCUCGCCCAACACCACGGACAGCCGCCGUCUGCUGCUCUGAGCUCGAGCUCGGGACGCGGAGUGCUGGCUGGCAGCUCAACAACGGUGCGCGGAUUGGCGACAACCAGCACCACCUCCAACCCGACGUCAUCACAAUCGGCCAUCCCGACGCCCGCCGCGGCACUGUACGCGAGAAUGGCCGAUACACUGGCCAAGGCGCGCCAGUACCAGCCGAGCCUCGCGUCGCGGGCAGGAGCGCUGCUGUCGUGCGGCCACAAUCUGACCCUGACGGAGAAGAUUCUCCUCGCCCAUUUGGUCGAUCCCCGCCAAGUUGCUCAGCGCGGAAAGUCGUACCUCCAGCUCCGAGCCGAUCGCGUUGCACUGCAGGAUGCAUCAGCGCAGACUGCACUGCUGCAGUUCAUGCUCACCAAGCUCAAGACCUCCGCCGUGCCAACCAGCGUCCACUGUGAUCAUCUCAUUGUCGCCACGGCGCAAUCUGGCGCGGCUGGCGAUGUCCAGACCGCCCUUCGCUCAUCCGGCGAGGUCUUUGAUUUCCUUCAAGCAUCAUCCGCCGCAUUCAAGCUGCAGUUCUGGGCACCGGGCUCGGGCAUCAUUCAUCAGAUUGUGCUGGAAAACUAUGCCACUCCAGGCGGAUUGAUGAUUGGAUGCGACAGCCACACGCCAAACGCCGGUGGCCUUGGCAUGAUCGCCGUCGGUGUCGGCGGUGCUGAUGCAGUGGACGUCAUGUCUGGCAUGCCGUGGGAACUCAAAGCGCCGUAUGUCCUGGGUGUCAAACUCAAGGGCAAGCUCCAGGGCUGGGCGUCACCCAAGGACGUCAUUCUGCACCUGGCUGGAAAGCUCACCGUGAAAGGCGGCACCGGGUUUGUUCUCGAGUACUUUGGCCCUGGCGUAGACACACUGUCGUGCACUGGCAUGGCGACCAUUUGCAACAUGGGCGCGGAAGUCGGCGCGACCACCUCCAUCGUCCCUUACACGGCGGCAAUGCGUCGAUACCUCAUUGCCACCAACCGCCAAGCUGAAGCAAACGCGGCCGACAGCGUUGCCGCGGCCAUGUUGCAGCCAGACGAGAAUUGCCACUACGAUCAAGUCAUUGAGAUUGAUUUGAGCAAGCUUGAGCCGCACAUCAAUGGCCCGUUCACCCCUGACCUCUCAACUCCCAUCUCUGAGUUCGCCGCCACAGCCAAGGCCAACGGAUGGCCGACAGAGCUCAAGGGGGCGUUGAUUGGCAGCUGCACCAACUCGUCGUACGAAGACAUGACCAAGGUCCGGCAACUCGUGCAACAAGCGACUGAUCGCGGCCUGAAGCUCAAGACACCCCUUUACAUCACUCCUGGCUCGAGCCAAAUCAAAGACACGUGUGAUCGUGACGGGGUACUUGACCCUCUGGUACAUGCAGGAGGCAAGAUUCUUGCAAACGCUUGUGGGCCUUGCAUUGGUCAGUGGAAGCGCGAAGAUAUCAAGGCUGGCGAGAAAAACUCCAUCAUCACGUCGUUCAAUCGCAACUUUGCCGGAAGAAACGAUGGCAACACUGCGACGCACACCUUCCUCGCGUCCCCAGAGCUCGUUGCGGCCAUGUCGUUUGCCGGCACGCUGAACUUUAAUCCCACCGCUGAUGCUUUAACGGAUGCCAAUGGAAGCGAGUUCCGCUUCUCCAGCCCACAAGGCGUCGAACUGCCUGCCUCUGGCUUUUCUGGAGCCAAACCCAGCGACCUGUCCGGCAUGAGCAUUUCAGGCGAUCAGAUUGAAAUCAACCCGAAGAGCUCCCGACUGCAGCGAUUGGCGGCCUUCCCCGCCUGGGAUGGCAGAUUGAUGCAUGACUUGGCUGUUUUGAUCAAAGUCAAAGGAAAGUGCACGACAGAUCACAUUUCAGCUGCAGGACCAUGGCUCAAGUACAAGGGCCACCUCGAAAACAUUUCCGAGAACACGCUCAUUGGCGCGACAAACGCAGAGACUGGCAAGAUCAAUUGUGUGCGAAACACUCAAACCGGCAAGGACGAUACGGUGCCUGCGGUGGCACGCGCCUACAAAGAAGCUGGCGUCGGUUGGGUGGUGAUUGGCGACGAGAACUAUGGCGAGGGUAGCGCUCGCGAGCAUGCCGCCAUGCAGCCACGCUUUCUCGGGUGUCGUGCCAUCAUUUGCCGCUCGUUUGCGCGCAUUCACGAGACCAAUCUCAAAAAGCAGGGACUCCUUCCACUCACCUUUGUCAACCCGGCGGACUACGACAAGAUUGCUGCGGACGAUACCGUUUCCAUCAUUAAUGCAGAGCUCGGCCCAGGCAAGCCAUUCAGCUUGACUCCGACUGUCAAGCUCGCUGCAGUCAUUACGCACAAGGACGAGACGUCCGAGACGAUUCCGCUGCGACACACGUUGUCCGAGUCGCAAGUCCAGUGGAUCCACGCAGGCAGCGCCCUCAACUUUAUUGCAGCCGAGCAAAUCAAGCAAAAGGCCGAGGGCAAGUCUGGCGCUGCUGCGUCUCCUUAGCCUGCACAGAUUUGAGCUUGUUCUUAGGGCGUGUUUGGAUUUCGGUGUUUUUCAAUGCUUUUGUUUUUCCAAUUUUGUGAAAUGUUUUGUGUUGUUCAAGUUCCCACCA